UCUUCUUUUGCUUCUUUUUAGCUGUUUCUGAGUUUGUUUGUUUUUUUGGCUUCUUUAGAAAGAUUUACUAUACAGAGUAGAAUCUGGCAAUACUAGGUCUAGACACUACACACUUAGCUGCUCCAGGUGUGCAAACAGUAGUGUGUUUGGCGGGAAUUAACCUAGAUCUAUAUUUCUGUUUAUUUGGAUUAUUUGUGUUUAGUUUCUUCACACGUUUGUACCAAAACCGGAACUCAUCAUGCAUCUGUUACCUGCCUCUUUGUUUCCCUGUUCUGUGUUAUCGAGUACAGCGGCAUUCUGAUUCUUGUACUGCAUUUUCAACUAGUGAAUAGUUUGUGUAGAUCAGUUAAAAAAACUUUCAUAACUUAAUUUAUCAAGGAAGUUUGCCAACUCUCUAGUUAAAAUGUCGGAGGCAGUGCAGCUCAAGAAGCAGAUUACACUUUUCCAGGGUGUUGCAAUUAUUGUGGGAAUUAUAAUUGGCUCUGGCAUCUUUGUGUCUCCUGUUGGUAUUCUUAUGCACUCUAAGUCCAUAGGACUCUCCAUGAUAAUGUGGGCCAUUUGUGGCGUUUUUAACACACUCUGUGCCCUGUGUUAUGCCGAGCUGGGUGCCUCCAUGCCCCAGUCUGGAGGAGAGUACAUCUACAUACAGCGCGCAUUUGGGGAUUACUUAUCGUUUGUAGUUUUGUGGAUCAACUUUGUCCUGAUCUGUCCAGUGGGCAUCGCAGCGCUGAGCUUGAUUGCUUCCCUCUAUAUCCUGCAGCCUAUAUUUCCAGACUGUCCAGUUCCACACAUGGCUGAGAGAUUCAUUGCUAUCUGCUUAGUGUGGCUUCUGAUAGCCAUCAAUAGUCGUAAUGUCAAAUGGGCAACUCGAGUUCAGGUGGUCAUCACAGCUUCCAAAUUGGUUGCCCUGGCAUUGAUUAUCGUAAUAGGCAUGGUCUACCUAGGCAAAGGUGACAGGGAGAGCUUUGAGGAUACAUUUGAAGACAGUGAGUAUAGUGCUGGUGCUAUUGCUCUCUCUUUCUACUCAGGCUUUUGGGCCUACAGUGGUUGGAGUUACCUUAACUUUUUGACAGAAGAGCUGGUUAAUCCUAACAGGAAUCUGCCUCUGGCUAUCAUGAUCUCCAUGAUCACUGUCAUCUGUGUGUACCUGGUCACAAACAUUGCUUACCUGGCUGUCCUCAGCCCGUCGCAAAUGUUGCAGUCAACAGCUGUUGCUGUGACUUUUGCUGAACAUACUAUGGGUGUGAUGCAGUGGUUGAUGCCUAUACUUAUAGCUAUAUCAGUUUGUGGAACCAUGAAUGGUACAGCUCUCUCCAUGUCAAGGUUGUUUUUUAUCGGUGCUAAGAACAACCACAUGCCAAUGUUCAUGUCAAUGAUACAGCACAAAUUUUUAACACCCGCCACGUCCCUCUUUAUCAUACUUGUCUUAGUUUUAUGUUUCCAGUCAUCCAAUGACAUUUGGUUCCUGAUAGAAAUGGAAGGGUUCGGCUUUGCAACAGUUCUUACUCUGGUGUUUGCGGGUCAAGUGUAUCUGAGAUACAAAGAACCCAAUUUACCCCGGCCCAUCAAGGUACCGAUAGCACUUCCGGCUAUCCUUGGUUUAGUCAGUUUUGCUUUGGUUUUAUUAACUUUCUACCAGAAGUUUAUUGAGAGUAUGUUGGCUCUGGGAUUAGUCGGGGCUGGCUCAGUGCUGUACAUCAUUGGCAACCGAUGGACCAACAAACCUGCCUCUAUACAGUCUAAAAUUACAUUCAUAAACAUUUUUUUCCAGAAAUUAUUUUUGGUUGUUCCUCAAGAAAGUGAAAAAGAUCUCAAUUGGGAUUAAGAGAUUCUAUUUCAUCGAACAAGUUCAUCACCCUAUGAGUGAUCAGUGAAAAAAGAAAUGUUCGUGUGGAAGACUUGCUUCUGGUCUAAGAUUGUGAGAUUAUUAUGCAUUUAUAAAUCCUACAUUUUCAGAAGAUUUGUUUUCAGCUGAGGUUUUCAUUUCGCUUGUGAUACUUUACUGCUGUAGGGGGGGGGGGUAUCCCAAUUCCAUUGUACUUCACAAUCACAUCGACACUACUUUGCCCUUAUGGAUUUGCCACGCCCUGUGUCUCUAAGAAACAAAUAAAGGUUUCUUCUAAACAGGUCUAUUGUACUGUGCACGCUUAAUUUGUGUGUGUAUAUUAAUAGGGUAAAUUUUAGAUAUAAAUAUUUUUUGUUGUGAAGAAAAAAAAUUGUCCAUCUUACUGCUGUAAAAUGUUUGUAAAAUGUUUUACAUGUUUCGGAUGUUCCUUCAGAGUUGAAGAUAGUUUACUUCCUAGUCCAAACCUCCCGCAGGACAACGGGGGGUGGGAGCGGGCAGGAUUUGAACCCUCGACCAUCGAUAAAUCCGAACAACAGUCCAGCGCGCAAACCGCACGACCAGGAAGCCAUGCUGUUUGAAAUAUUCAGGGCAGAUUCCUAAUGGGCUGAUUUUAUAAACGAAGAAAAAAUGUGAACAUAUUGCUGAAGGCUCCAGACAUUUUCUCUUGUCAGACAAUGACAAGAAAGUAUUAAUGACAUUGAUUAGAAUACUAUGACAGUCAUCAAAUUAAUAAAAUAGUAGAACAAAGGAAUAAUUUAAAGAACAUAUUUAACUAUGUCUAAAUGUGCUCCAUGCCCCAGGGCUUCAAAAUGUCUUUUUUUUUCCUUUUUUUAAAUUAACUCAUUAGCAUAAAGUUUUUAAACUCAUCACUUAAGCUGCUAUACUAUAUAAGCCAAUGUCAUUUGUGUGGUAGCAUUACAAUUUACUUUUAUUUUACAAAGGAAUGAAUGAGUUAACAAGUGACUAUUUGUAAUGACUUACCAAUCUUGUUUUAAAGACAUAGGCAUUUACAUAGCCAUGGCUGACAGUAUUAUAAUCUAUUGUAAGUGCCUGAUAUAUUGCGUUACUUUACUCUUAAGUUAUAUCCGUUUAUAUUCUUUGGAAAUACAAUGUACAUGCUCUGAAAGUCAGAAUUUUAAGCCAACUGUUUUAUUUGUAUAUUUCUUACCACACAAACAGCCAUUCCAGUUCAGCUAUUGCUGACUGCCUGUGUCCACACUUACGAUAUUAAAACACUCUCCAGGUAGAGAUGACACUUUAGCAACAACAAAACAUUGACUCCACAAAAAAUACUAUGUUAUAUUCAGUUUUGACAUGUAAUAACGUUUUUUUUUUAAAAUUUAUUUUAAUCUUCAUUUUGCAUAUCAGUCUCUGACAUAAUUCAUUGAAUUUUUUUUUAACUGACAUACAUAUGAUUUCAAAUCUUGUGUUUUUUUGUUUGUUUUUCAAUUAAGAUUAAUAUCAGAUUUAAAUGUAUCACUUGAAAUUUAAGUGCAGAAUAUAAUUGACAUUUUUUUUUAUUAACAAAGAGAUAUAUUUGUAAUUUAGAAUUUCAUUUUGUGUUCACUUGAAAGAUAGACUAUUUUAAUAGCAGUACUAUGUACAUUCCAUAUCUUGAUCAUUAUCACUUUACUAUUUGUGCUUAAAAAAAAAAAGGGCUUUCAAUGUCUCAUCAUGGCAAAAAGGCCUACACAUGUGCUAGAGGCUAUAUGAUGUGCUGUCCUCAAGUGUGAGCGCCAUUGUUUAUUGUGUGAAGUGAUCUUCUGAUUGGUAUACUAUUGAGUAAGAGAACAUUUGUAUUUGACCACCAGAAGUAAUGCAGUAAUAUCAGCUUCAUUCACAAAUAUUGGUUUCAUGGUUAAUAAUGUUAUUGAUUAGUUAAUUGAGACAUAAUAAACCUGAAAUCUAUCAUGCUGAUAAUCCUUAUCAUAAUACUUAAGAGAAUGUAUCUGAAAAUCUGUAUUUGGUUAAUGAUUCUCAGUGGUACAGCAUUCCUUGGUUUGUUCUUUUGUUGUUGUUUUUUUUUAUUGCUGCCAGUGUGUUUAGAUUCUCUCCUUGCUUACACUUGUAUUUCUUUUGUUCAACUCUCAAUUCCCCUCCCACCAUUCUCAUAGUAUCCCCUUGUACCUAUUAUUAUUGUUUGUGGCAGUGUUAUGCUGUUAGUUAUGAUUUUGUGAUAAACCUCUUUAUCAAUGCAAUGAAUAACAGUGACAUAUUGCAUGCCAGUGUUUCUCAAUAGUGCACAACUUGGUCAGUGAUUCCAGACUAGGAAACCUUCUUUCUUCAAAUAUCCCAUGAUUGUGAUGUGUUUUGUUUGUCAUGUUUCUUUAAAUAUCCCAUGAUUGUGAUGUGUUUUUUUUUGUCAUGUUUCUUCAAAUAUCCCAUGAUUGUGAUGUGUUUUGUUAUUCAUGUUUCUUCAAAUAUCCCAUGAUUGUGAUGUGUUUUGUUUGUCAUGUUUCUUCAAAUAUCCCAUGAUUGUGAUGUGUUUUGUUUGUCAUGUUUCUUCAAAUAUCCCAUGAUUGUGAUGUGUUUUGUUUGUCUUCAAUUUCUUAUGCAUGUUUUUUUUUUAAUUGACUUUUGAAAGAUAAAACCAAUUAUGAAAGCAUCCCUUAACUUUAAAAAAAAAAUUUACACAUACUAAGCCAAGCAAGGACCAAGUUUUGUAUUAUUUUUUUAUUUUCAUAAAGGACUUGACAGUAAAACUAAUAAAUGAGUUUUGACAAUUUUAAAGUUUGACAUUUAUAGAAACUGUGGGUAGACAAAUCAUAACAUUCAUCUCUCAAACCUGAAUUUAAAAAAAAAUCUUUAUUUUUUUAUAUGCAUAAUUUUUUUUAGAGCAAAUCAGUAAAUAAAGCUUGUCAUUGUGCUGGCCUCACAAAGCUCUUAUACAUUGUUGGUUACUUAAUUAGAUUACUCAUUGUUUGACCUAAGAUUUCUCACCCACAUGUCUGAUAUUGAACUUAGCAACAUGACCUAUAUACAUAUUUUAAGAGUUCUUAACUGUUCUAUGUUUAUUGUAUCAAAACAAAAUUAUAUAUAAGAAGGUAACCUACCCAUAAAGAAUUGUUUUACAAAAACAUUGGUAUACCAGGUACUUCCACUUACAUAUUCAAAGUGAUUCUUUAUUACAUUUUGUUAAUGAUUAUUUUCAUUGCAUAUGUAUAAAAGUGUGAUUUGAGAUAUGUCUUGUACAAGAUACUUGCAUAGAGUCAUUUACUUAUCAAGUGGUCAACGGUAAACAUUUGUGAUGUAAUUUGUAUUGAGUUGUGGUGUUACCACAUAUAUCUUACAACCUAUUCCCUUGUUACUGUUUUAUUUUAUUCAUUAAAUAUAAACAAAUAUGUGUAUGAGAAUGGAAAUAACUGCCAUUAUAUGGUUUUGUUCAAUGUCUUUAUUGUAUUUGUCUCCCUUGUGACACUACUUACAUGAAUUUAUUGAUACACGAUUUCACUUUGUGAACAUUUAUUUUUACCUUUGCUUCAGUUUACCACAACGCAUGCAGCUGGAAAUUAUUUUUUAGUUUUGCUUGACUAGAUUUUCAUUUUAGAGUGUGUGGUAUACAAGAAAUUGUGUGGUACAGUAUGGUGAGUGCGGGCUAUAUUUGUGUUCAUGUAUUUGAGAUCUAUCAAUUGUAAGACUUUGUUUUAGAAUAUGUUUAUGCAGGUGUAACUGACCAGAUUUUUAGUGGUUUGAUUGUUUUUAAUUCUUUUAUUUGGCUUGCCUGUAUAAAGUAUACAUUUUAUGCAAUUGGUGAACUAGGUUUAAAUUAAAUAAAAUUUUGCCAUUUAAAAUUAUUAAA